AUGAUUUUUGGUAAUUUUGGAUCUGAUCCUUAUGAGUUUGCCAAUGUGAUUGGGGAUGGAGAUCAACCAUUGUACCCUGGUUGUAGAAAGUACACGAAGUUAUCGGCAUUAGUGAAGUUGUAUAAUUUGAAGGCAAAACAUGGGAUGAGUGAUGUCUGUUUUACAGAAUUAUUGAUACUUCAAGGCAAUUUGCUUCCAAAAGGAAAUACAGUACCGGCCUCUAUGUAUGAGGCAAAAAAGACUUUGUGUGCAUUGGGGCUGAGUUAUGAGAAAAUGCACGCAUGCCCCAAUGAUUGCAUCUUGUAUAGGAAGGAGUAUGAGGAUUCAACUAAUUGUCCUACUUGUGGUAUCUCAAGGUGGAAGGAAGGCAAAGAUUCAAUCUUGAAAGAGGGUGUGCCAGCGAAGGUGGUGUGGUAUUUUCCUCCAAUUCCAAGGUUUAAAAGGAUGUUUCGAUCACAUGAGACAGCUAAGAGUUUGACUUGGCAUGCUGCUAGAAAAUCAAUUGACGGUCAGAUGUCUCAUCCGGCAGAUUCCCCGUCUUGGAAACUUCUUGAUGAUAAAUGGCCCGAGUUUGGUAAUGAGCCGAGAAACUUGAGAUUGGCUAUUUCAUCUGAUGGAUUCAAUCCCCACAGUUCUCUAAGUAGCAGAUAUAGUUGCUGGCCAGUUAUCUUAGUUACAUAUAAUCUCCCUCCAUGGUUGUGCAUGAAACGAAAGUUCAUGAUGUUGACCUUAUUGAUUUCCGGUUCUAAACAACCCGGAAAUGAUAUAGACAUCUACUUGGAGCCUUUGAUUGAUGAUUUAAAAUCUUUGUGGGAUGGGAUUAGAGGAGUGUAUGGUGCACAUAAUGAAGAAUACUUUACACUCAGAGCUGCAUUAAUAUGGACAAUUAAUGAUUUCCCUGCCUAUGGAAACUUAUCUGGUUGUGUUGUUAAAAGAUAUAAAGCUUGUCCAAUAUGCGGCGAUGAUACCCUAGUCACAGCUUUUAAUGGGAAACCUGAAUAUGGCACACCUCCCGAGCCAUUAACCGGAGAAGAAGUGCUGCAUAUGGUUGAAGAUGGUGACAGAGUUUGUUGGAAGAAGAAAUCAAUAUUCUUUGAUCUCGAGUAUUGGAAAUACCUUCCUGUGAGGCAUGUCCUAGAUGUUAUGCACAUUGAGAAGAAUGUUUGCGAUAGUAUCAUUGGUACAUUGCUGGAGAUCCCUGGAAAAAAUAAAGAAGGGAUUGCUGUUCGAUUAGAUUUAUUGAACAUGGGGGUCAAAACUGAUUUUCAACCUGAGUAUGGAGAAAGACAUACUCGUUUGCCUCCCGGGCCUUGGAAUUUGUCAAGAGCAGAGAAGAGAGAGGUUUGCAAUUCUUUCUAUGGUAUGAAGGUCCCUGAAGGUUAUUCUUCAAAUAUAAAAAAUCUUGUAUCUUUACAAGAUUCAAGACUUCUUGGCCUUAAAUCACAUGAUUGUCAUACCUUAAUGCAACAAUUGCUCCCUGUGACAAUUCGUUCUGUUUUGGAGAAGCCUGCAAGAUAUAUGAAAAUGCUAAAGGGGUAUGUUCAGAAUCGUACUCGUCCCGAAGGUUGCAUUGCUGAGCGGUAUAUAGCUGAAGAAGCUGUAGAGUUUUGUACCGAGCAUUUAUCUGAUGUUAGUACAGUUGGAGUGCCUUCAAGCCAAAAGAUGGGAGUUUUAAGGCCAUUAUCAGGUUGCACAGUGAGCGUAGUUGAUCGGGACCUGUUGAACCAAGCACAUCUAUAUGUCUUGGAGAAUACGGAGGAAGUCCUACCUUAUAUCGAGCAACAUAUGAUCCACAUCAAGACCGCUUAUCCAAAAUUUAGAAAGAGAACAAAGUGGCUGCAGGAUAAGCACAAUAGCACUUUCAUUCAAUGGCUACGCUUGAAGGUUCAAAGUGAACUUAAUGAGGAAGACAAUCAUGGCGUAUCAGAAAAUUUAAGGUGGCUAGCAGCUGGUCCAAACAUGGCAGUGCCAUUAUAUAAGAGCUAUCUUAUUAAAGGUAUUAAAUUCAACAUCAAGGCACAAGAUGAUGUGCGGACAACUCAAAAUAGUGGAGUUUAUUUACUUGCACAUACCAUGCAAGUUGCUAGUGCCAAGGAUAAAAACCCAAUUCUCUCAAAUAUGGGUUUCUAUGGUGUCAUUCAAGAAAUUUGGGACCUUGACUACCAAAAGUUUACAAUCCCAGUCUUUAGGUGUGAUUGGAUAGAUAGUACUUCUGGUCUUGUAGUGGACGAACUUGGAUUUACCCUUGUAGAUUUGAGUAAAAUUGGACAUAGGAAUGACCAAUUUGUUUUGGCUUCUCAGGUCAAACAAGUAUUUUUUGUUGACGACCCGAUGCAUCGUGGUUGGUCGGUAGUGUUAUCAAUGCCUAAUAAAGAAUAUAAUGAUGUUAUUGGUGAUGAUGUCUUAGGUGAUGUGAGAAUUGAGUGUGAGCCAUUUACUAGAGGGAUGCCAAAUGUUGACACAUUUGAUGAAGUGGUGGGUGAGUUAGGGAGUCAAAAUAUUCGAGAUGGGUGUGAAGAUAUAUGGAUUGAAUGA